AUGGAGUUUAUGGCUAACUUGUUUGCUCAGAACAGGAAAGCUGCCCUGUGCUUUGCAGGAGCCAGCGUGGCUUUGCUCGGAUUCGGACUCGGCUACAGAUAUCUGCGUAAACAGAAGAAGUUAACUCGGGUCGGAGUGGUUUCCCAGCUGCUACUUCAUCCUUUGAAGUCCGGAAAAGCUGUGGCGGUGGAAGCGGCCGAGUGUCUGCGCAUGGGGCUGAAAUGCGGAGAGCUGCAGGAUCGCCACUGGCUUGUCAUUACAGAAGAUGGCCAUAUGGUGACAGGAAGACAGCAGCCCCGCCUGGUUCUGGUGUCAAUGACCUGUGAGGGUGGUCAGCUCUGUUUUAAUGGUCCUGACAUGGAAGAAUUAAGAGUUCCCCUCUAUCAGCCCUCCAAACCCAUCUACAAGUGCAGAGUCUUUAGUUCAGACACCGAAGGCAGAGACUGUGGGGAUGAAGUGUCUGACUGGCUUACUCGAUAUUUUGGAGGAGACCAGACCUAUCGCCUGGUGCACUUUGAACCUCACCUGAAGGCCAGGAGACCAGCUGACAAAGACCCUGUCUUUCCCAAGGAUGACAAGGUGGCUUACCCUGAUGCUGCUCCUAUCAUGCUAAUGUCUGAGGCCUCGGUGAAGGACCUAGGGAGCAAACUAGAUCGGGACAUCUCUGUUCGUCGGUUCCGCCCCAGCAUUGUGGUCAGUGACUGUGAGGCUUUCAAGGAGGACACAUGGGAUAAUAUACAGAUUGGUCGAGUGGAGAUGAAGCGAGUCAUGGGCUGUGGAAGGUGUAUUUUCACCACUGUUGAUCCUGAAACUGGAGUCAUCUCUAGGAAAGAGCCACUGGACACUCUCAGAACCUAUCGGCUAACUGACCCUGCACAGAAAACUGCACCAAUACUUGGACAGUAUUAUACUGUCAAGAAGACUGGAAUCUUCCAUGUUGGCGAUCCUGUCUACAGGAUUAGUUAUUGAGGCUGUACAAGAUGGAUCUAGCGUAAAGAUCAUCACAGCACAAAUGUAUUCAUCUUAUACGUGUGAGUGUUUAACAUGGACAGUUUUCAAAAGCAUCUUGAUUGUAAAUCUUAGUCUACUUUUGUAAUGACCUAUGAUAACAUAGUUAACUGUUUUCGGCAAUAUUUUUUUGUGAAUAUGCAGUUAAUAGACAAAGAAAAGUAAUGGUUUCCAAUUCCAGUGCUGCCUGUACUGCACUGUUUUAUUAUUGAUCUCUAACCUGAUUUCAACUCAAGAAGGACUUGAUCAUUCAGAAUGCACUCAGCUGAAAACUGAAAAAGUAGUUCUUCUAUAUAUAAUUUGACCUUUUUUAUGCUUUUAAAUUGGCGUAAUAAUACUGAUGAUGCUUUAAAGGUGAUAAUUGCAUAUUGAGAGAGAACCGAGAGAAUUGCUAAAUAAUAUAAAUAGUAUUAAAUAUUCAGAGUUGUACAAUUAUGAAAAUGUAAUACUUAAUGGUAUCCAAAAGGCAAUGGUAUUCAAAGCGCCUCCGCUAAAAUGACGGAAAAUAAUUAGUUUUUUAAGUUAAGCACUUUAGAACCCUCACCUAGCAGUCUCAUCUGAAGUUUGUCCAACAGGGGCCACUAUUAGCACACAAGUCACUUGUUCAUCAUUUAGAGAAGAAACAGCCAAAAGGAGAAUAAAAACAUACGCUUGCAGUAACAAAUUUCGAAACUGAGAGGUUAAAAGCUUAUCAGAGGGUAUUUAUUUACUCAGUAUUGUUUAUUGAUUUCCGUUAAAAAAAGGUUAAGUCAGUUAUUGCUUAAAAAACAUGUAAGCUGAAGACUGUAUAGAACACAGCUGUAGCAAACCGGGUUAAAAGUUGCACUGUUUAUCUGCUGCUGCUCAAUCUGUUUGAAUGCCUCUGUGCUGACCAGCCCAGGAGAGCAAAGAAGAAGAGUGUUUUUAAUCACUAUUUCUCAUUUCCACUACCAUUCAGAUUAUUAGUUCAGUGUUAGAUUUUGUCACUUUAUUAUAGACCUGUUGAAACCUUUGCUUUUUCAUCCAAAAACUUCAGCCUUUUUAGGCUGAGGUUUUGGUGCAUCUCUACUAAUAAUUAAUAAUUACAAUCAAUACUGCUUAACCAAUAAUUCUGCCAAUGAAUCAUGAAAAUGUUUCUUGUGCUCUGACAGUACUCUCCAGGCUCAGAGUUUUUUUUGUUGAAUGUUUGGUGUGUGUUCACAGAACCUAACAAAUCAUGACAGGAAUCAUGUGUGAAAGGAAACAUGAAUUAAGGCAGCUGAUUAUGGUUAAGUGCCUUUUUAAUAAUAGUGAUGUCACUAUAUUAUCAUAUUUUCCAAUUUUUUGGGGAAAAUCACAGCACCCUGUAGUCUUGUGCAUUCAUUGAUCAAAAGGGCAUGAAGUUAAGCAAAGCUUAUUAUAAAUGCUUUUAGAAAAUCAUUAUGUUUACGUUUUUUGACAGUCACUUCUUGACUUUCAUUAUUGCUGGACUCUACACAUGCUAUAGAUGACAUAAGACUGGAGUACUGCCAGUAUAAAAGAUGCUGAUAUAAUACUUAACACUGUAUAGGUAAAAUGCAGACACUAAGUAAAACCAUUGCUAUAGCUGGUAGAAACACUAAUGGAUAUUUUUAAACAUAAAAUUAUUGCAUUUUUAUGUCUUCUGUAGAAGUUUAGAAUCUGCUUGUUGUGCACUUUAGUUUAAGUUUAAUAAAGUUGGGGUGAAUAAAACUUUU